AUGGCAUUCCCAUCAUCCUCAAAAGUUGUCGUAAUAACGGGAGCUUCUUCUGGAAUCGGCGCCGGUCUUGCAAAAUAUUUGUCCAAGUUCGAUAAAGGUAAAUUUGCGCUUGUACUUGUUGCUCGACGUGAAGAAGAAUUACAAAAAGUUGCUGAAUCUUGUCUUCCCAAUUGUAAAUCAUUAAUUGUGAAAGCAGAUAUCACGAAACGAAAUGAAGUUGAAUAUAUAUUGACUCAAGCAAAAAUUGCAUUUGGUCAUGUCAACGUUUGGGUUAACAACGUUGGUCUCGGAAUUAUCCGCCCCGUUUUGCAGUUAACAGAUGACGAUGUUGAUAAGAUAAUUGCUGCUAACGUAAAAUCUGCCUUAUACGGAAUGCAAAUAGCCAUCAAACAUUUCCAAGAUGAUCAAAGCGGUCAUGGUCAUUGUAUUAAUAUUUCAUCAGUACUUGGUCGCAUACCUUACGUGGGAUUGCGAUCGAU